UUAUUCUUCAUUUCAUGCAUCUGAAUGCCUUUGAUAGUAAUUACUUUUUUUUGUUUGAAUUUUUUACUUUUAUUUUCCUUUUUACGUCCUUCCGUCGCUAGAGUUGAGUACGAGAAACUGGUGAAGAAAAUGUGGGGCAAGACAACUCGAUGGAAAACGACGACGAAUCAUCUAGGAAAACCUCAACAACAACAACAAACCAAACAAAUCAAACAACAACGACGACGACACCGCUGAGAAGCAAACUGUUUGUCAAAAAUGAGAAACGAAAAACGUCCACCCCGGACCAUCUGCAGGACGUGACCGCAGCUCAAAAUAGUGCAGGUGGCGGAGCAGGAGGAGGAGGAGGAGGUGGAUCGACUACGACACUGAGGGCACGCGGGGGUGAUGACUCCUCUGCCGAGCCCACCCUCUCUGGGAGCGGGGGUGGCAGUGGUGGAGGAGGGGGAGACCGGAAGGAUACCAAGAUAGACAUUCCGCUGCCCCAGUACAUGCAACCGGCCGGGGAGAAGUUUGCCGAUAAACGAGUCAAGCGUCACAGCAUCCACGGCAUGAUGGAGGAAGAGAACGUGGUCCGGCCGCACCAGGAGAUAGCAGCGCUAUCGCUGGAGGAGAAAAAAUAUCUCCUGGCGGUUGAACGGGGCGAUGUGGCCAGCACGCGAAGAAUCUUGGAAAAGGCGGAAGCCGAGGGACACAUCAACAUCAACUGUGUCGACCCGCUCGGAAGAUCCGCCCUGCUGAUGGCCAUCGACAACGAAAACCUGGAGAUGGUCGAGCUGCUCAUCAAUCACCGGGUCGAUACGAAGGACGCCCUGCUUCAUGCCAUCUCCGAGGAAUUCGUGGAAGCCGUCGAGGUGCUGCUGGAUCACGAGGACAGUUGCCACAAAAAUGGGGAUCCACAUAGCUGGGAGGCACUUCCGCCCGAUACGGCCACCUUUACGCCGGAUAUCACUCCGCUCAUUUUGGCGGCCCACCGAGAUAACUACGAAAUCAUCAAGAUUUUGCUGGAUCGCGGAGCAACGCUGCCAAUGCCGCACGAUGUGAGGUGCGGCUGUGAUGACUGCGUAACCUCCCGGCAGGAGGACUCCCUGAGGCACUCGCGGUCCCGCAUCAACGCGUACCGUGCCUUGGCCAGUCCCUCGCUGGUGGCCCUCUCUUCCAAAGAUCCCAUCCUGACGGCCUUCGAGCUGAGCUGGGAACUGCGCCGGCUGAGCUUCCUCGAGCACGAAUUUAAGAACGAGUAUCAGGAACUCCGGAGGCAGUGUCAAGACUUUGCAACGGCAUUGCUUGAUCACACGAGGUCCUCACAUGAGCUGGAAGUGCUGCUGAAUCAUGAUCCCACGGGUCCGGCCUUUGAGCAUGGCGACCGGAUGCACCUUAAUCGACUAAAGUUAGCCGUUAAAUUAAGACAGAAAAAGUUCGUGUCUCAUCCCAACGUGCAGCAACUGCUGGCCAGUAUCUGGUACGAGGGACUUCCGGGCUUUCGGCGGAAAAAUAUGGCUCUGCAAGCACUCGAAAUUGUGCGGAUAGGAAUUCUUUUUCCCCUGUUUUCCAUCUCCUACAUCAUCGCGCCGCACUCGACGUUCGGGCAGACGAUGAGAAAGCCGUUUAUCAAAUUUAUUUGCCACAGUGCAUCGUAUUUUACCUUUCUUUUUUUGCUGAUGUUGGCCUCGCAGCGGAUCGAAACCGUCAUCGGGAGCGUCUGGGGGGCGGAUCUGAUCAAUCACGACGAAGAAGUGCCUACAAAACGAGGGGCAAGCCCCACCUUAAUCGAGUGGCUCAUCCUGUCAUGGGUUAGCGGUCUGAUAUGGAGUGAAGUGAAGCAGCUGUGGGACGUUGGCCUGCAGGAGUACGUCAACGAUAUGUGGAAUGUGAUAGAUUUCGUAACGAAUUCACUGUACGUUGCAACGGUGGCCCUACGGGUGGUAUCAUACUUUGAGGUCCAAAAGGAGAUGGCCAUCAACAAGUUUGCGGCCGAUCUGCCCCGCGAAAAGUGGGACACCUGGGACCCGAUGUUGAUUUCGGAGGGUCUGUUCAGUGCAGCCAACAUUUUCAGUUCACUCAAGCUGGUGUACAUAUUUUCGGUCAAUCCUCACCUGGGACCACUGCAAGUUUCCCUUUCCCGGAUGGUGAUGGACAUCAUGAAGUUCUUCUUCCUGUAUGUGCUAGUGCUGUUUGCCUUUAGCAGCGGUCUCAAUCAGCUGUUGUGGUAUUAUGCGGAUUUAGAGAAGAAACGGUGUCCGGAUAUUACCAACAACAUAACAUCGACUGAUCCAAAUGCCUGUGUAGUGUGGAGGAGAUUUGCAAACUUAUUCGAAACGAUCCAAACGCUGUUUUGGGCAGUUUUUGGUCUGGUGGACUUAGAGAACUUCGAACUGGACGGAAUCAAGAUCUUCACCCGGUUUUGGGGGAUGCUCAUGUUCGGAACCUACUCGGUGAUUAACAUCGUAGUGCUCCUAAACUUGCUGAUCGCCAUGAUGAAUCACUCGUACCAGUUGAUUUCGGAACGGGCCGACGUUGAGUGGAAAUUUGCGAGGUCCAAGCUGUGGAUCAGCUACUUCGAGGAGGGAGGGACGUGUCCACCGCCCUUUAACAUCAUUCCGACGCCGAAGUCGAUCUUCUACAUCUUCCAGUGGAUCAAGCGGAAAUUCUGCGGCCAUUCGAAGGCCGUCAAGAAGGAGCACAUGAAGACGAUUCGACGGAAGGUGAAACAGGCCAGCGAGCGGGACUUCCGGUAUCAGAGCAUCAUGCGCAACCUGGUGCGCCGGUACGUGACGGUCGAGCAGCGGAAGGCCGAAUCGCAGGGCGUCACCGAGGACGAUGUGAACGAGAUCAAGCAGGACAUCUCGGCGUUUCGUUGUGAGCUUGUCGAAAUACUGAAGAACAGCGGCAUGAACACGACGAGCGCAACGGGCGCGGGUGGAGGCGUGGGCGGCAAGAAGAACCGCCAGAAAGAACGACGACUCAUGAAGGGUUUCAACAUAGCUCCGGCACCGGCCCCUGACUCCAGUCAGCAUCUGACGCCGGUGUCGGAGUUUGUAUCGCCCGGAUCCGGUGAACAUCACUCCCAUUCACCGCAUGAGCUCUUCGCCGGAGUUUUCGGGCCAGGUCUCACACCCAAGAAAGCCCUGCACCAAGUCAACCCCAUGCACCAGUUUUCAUCACAGUCCCAAUCUUCCUUCGGUGAAAACAACAAUCCCAUACACAAACUUGCCAAGCUAGCACCGAAAUUCCAUUCCAAACGACCUGGCUCGCAAAAGAAAAGAUGGGGUAGCACCCUCAUCGAGGCGGCCAAACAUGGCAGCGUGUCGCGAUUCAUCGGCCGGUCCCGGUCGGAGGAUUCGGUUUGCAAUCACGGUGGCCCGGGAGGGCGGUGUGAAUCCGCCAGCCACAGCAACAGUCCGGCAUCGGACGAAGCCAUCACCGAGUCCCCAUCGGAUUCCAAUCCCAGCCUGGAUCGACCCGACGGGGAUCCAUCCUCGGAUCCCAACGGCGGCACCAAUCAUCAUCAGCAUCAUCGAUCGCAUCACCAUCAUCACCACCACGGUGGAUCGGAUCGAACCCAUGGCAAGUCCAAGGAUCAGUCCAACUCCUCGCAUCAUCAUUACCAUUUGCACUUCGGAGCGCUGGCAGCACUGAAGCGGAAACGGAAAAAGUUCUCCAACAGCCGGAACAGCAGUCCGGUGCUGGAGCCACCGAGCGAAAUGCCUUCGUCAGAUGGGGUUAAUUCGCAGAACAACAACAAUGUUAAUAGUAAGAUAAAACGUGCUUCCAGUGUUCCUUCGCGUGGCGGUAUCGACAUCGAUCCGGGUGGAGUGUUCAGCACCCACCUCCACAGCCCAGGUGCCGGAACGAUAACCGAAUGUUCCGGCGAAGAUGGCAGCGGUGGCAAAGAAUCAUCUGCAGCGACGACGACGACGACGGCGUCCAAACUGCUAAAAACACCUCGCCACGAACAGACCCAGAGCCAGACCAACUCGCUGGAGAAACCACGACCAUCGAUGACCAUCGAUCGACCUCCUCCGCUGACGCCUUCGACGACCGAGGAGAGUGUGGACAAUCCCCCAAAUGCUAGGAUUAGUUCUACCGAACCUCUGUUGAGGAUACAGGGUCGGUCUGCAACGAUUGACGGAGGACCGGGAAAUGUUUCUUCGAGCGGAUCCACGAUAACGACCUACAGGAUACCGGGCGUCACACCCGUCCGAGGGCACUUCCAGUCGCAGGGAUGGUUAUAGGGUCUCCUCAAUGCGGGCGACUUUUUGUACAGGAAAAAGAUCCGGCCCGGGAUCGUCCAGAUGGGCUACGAUGGAUCGAGUCCAGGGCUAGAUCGCCGUAGCUAUUACCACAAUCUUCUAGUUGUAAACGGUAGCAAGUAGUCGAAUGUUUGUUGGAGGAACAUUUUAACUGCCAUGUUGAAAACAGGACACAAACACAUUCACAUUCAAUCAUUGAGAACGAAAAAACAUUAGAACAAAAAAAUCCUCUUAACCUUACACAUAAUCGGAUGUAAACUAAUUGAAAGCAAAAUUCUAAACAAAUUAAUCGAAUUCGAGGUUAUGGUAAUGGUUUAGUUUGUCGCAAAGCGAAAAGAAAAAGAGAAUAAAACAGGGAUCGAAAUCCACCGGGUUAAUCCAAUCCCUAUGACGUUUUACCCGUUGCUUUACCGAGUUUUUCGUUUUCACUACCAAUCCUAAUAUGGCCUAAGAAUGAGAGACAUCUAAUACGAAAACCCGACUUUUUAAAUGUAAAACAUUAGUUAACCAAUUAUGUAAUCCAAUUUGACAUCUGUGAAUCCACCGUGAAAACACAAUGUUGAUUGAAUAGGAAAAAAAUGGGAAUUGUGCGCAAAACACUUAAAAAUCGGAACCGGUGUGGGUGAAGGGCCAUUUACGGUGCCUCGACUAGCUAGUAGGCGGUGCUCCGGCUUUCUCUCACUCACACCGAACCGAUCUCUUCUAUUGUUAUAUCGAUGCAUAAACACAACAGAUACCGUAAUCAAAAGUAGCGAACUCUUUAUAUACUUGAGCAAACAAGCAAACAGCAUUACUAUCACACCAACACUCACAUCACCACACCAUUGAAAAACACGAAAGUAAACACUUACACAUCUGUUUAAAACGCACCGCAAUCAAACACAUACAGAGACAUGUAAGCGAUAGGUUUAAGACAUUAGUAAAUGUGUGGGGAUAAACGGGAAAAAAAAAGUUCCGUCGAAUCAGGAAAGUUUGCAGAAAGAGAAAAGUAAGGGACCAAGUCUCUUAAGAACAAACCAAAAAUCCAAUGAAAAGUAUAGAAAGAGAGAAUGAGAUAGAAAAAAAAAACCUUUAUAUCACCACUCAGAAAAAAAUGGAAUCUGAAAACUAGAGGAAAAACCAGGUAGAAUAAAACAAAAACGAUCAACCAAUUUCGAUCAUUGUAGGAAUAAACAAACCACAGGGUGUUUCAUGUUUUACGAAAAGCUAGAGUAGCUGCAGGAGCUCGGUGAGAGUCGAAAGCAAAAGAAACCGUGUAAAAAUAGAAAGAAAAAAAAGUGAGACAACCAUUUGCUUUUGCUCUGAACAAAACAAACAAACAAACCAAACACGCAAUUCUUCACACACUAGCUAAGUAAAGAGCACCCAGAGACACAACCGAAAUCACAACCGAUAGAAUCUAACAAAAGCACCAAUAGUAACAACAAUAGAGCCCUAGAGCUUAACAUUUGAACAGCAACAACAACAACAACAACAUGAACCUUAACAAAGAACAAACAAACGCUCCUAUCAAAAUUUCACGAACACCAAUGUAGAACUCU